GUUGGGAUGAUUUCGAAAACUUAUCAUGUUGCCUGCUCCCUUGAAAUGGGUUCAGCACUCCUUCCGUUGGACCAAAAAUUACACCCUUCGCGAGAUGAAGCCACCAUGUCCCUCGAUGUGAACCUCCUGAUCGCUAUGUCUCAUCAAUUGCCGUUCGCUAUAUGGUGCUUAAUUCUAUGCAAUGCACUCUUUCUUAUAACUUCGACCUUUAUGGUCCUGACCUUACAAAUUUUGUUGUUCCUAGCGUCCGAUGGUUAUCGUGGUCGAGUGGACCAUGAACCGAUUAACUACGACAGUUCCCCAGCAACUCCCAGCCUCUUCAAGGCAUCACUACAGAUAAUAUCACUAUCAUCUUGUGCAAUUUAUAUCUUGCAGUUGGUAGUAAACGGCAUUGUCGCAUAUCCCUUUCUUGAGCCACUUUUGCAUUUCAAUAAGAAAAAGAGGGUCGAUUUUAGCGGACUCCUACUUGAGGAUAGUAACCACCUGUCCAAGGCAGCGGAUGCAGAUGUCGAUGUGCCUGAGACACACACCGAAGAGAGCCAACGUGAUAAUGAAGACACUCAAGUCACGGAAACACCGCCAACGAACAGCAACUCACAGGAUGAAGUGCCGCCGGCUGUUGACACUGGCAGCCCCUCGGCACCAGUCUCAGACACAGGAAGCAAAUCACCAAUCCUGCCCGAUGAGCUGCAACCAUCAGAUUUAUAUGCUGAGGUGAAGUGGAGGUUUCCGCCCGGUGAUAUCAUGCGCCUUGCGAGCAUAAUUUUUGCACUCGGAGAAGACCCUACACCAGAACACAUUCUGAACGCAACAGAGACCACAGUUGAGUCCCUCUUUGCGGAAGGCACGUUGGACGAAACCCAUGUCGAAUUAGCUUGGGGCUUUAUUUUCCGCGACCGAAAGAUUAGAAAAUUCUCUAUUUUUCACGCAGCAUGGGAGCAUCAUUCUGAUAUCAUACUCACACUUAAUAAAUUAGGUCGGUUUGACGCAUCUGAAUCCGAUGAGGCGCUCUGGGGCGCGGUUUCUAGGAGUGAAGAGUGGCUUGUUGAGAAAUGGCUGUGCCGGGUAUCAGGACUCUGGUUGGGUGAUUUGACAUAUACGCCACUGCAUCUCGCAGUACAAAGAGGUAACAUGCAUAUCAUGGACAUGCUUCUUCGCCAUGCUGCCCGCCCGGGAGGUCAUCUUACGCGGAUUUCGGACAGUCUCCUUCGAAUGGCCAUUGAGCACCGGAAUUUAGAUAUUGCAGAUAUGCUGAUGGAUUGGGGAGCAAAACCCUCUUCCGUCUUCCUGGAUGAAGCCGUGAUAGCCGGCCAUGCAGGGAUUGUGGAGGCAUGGUUGAAAGAGGGGGCCACGGUGAAAGAUACAGUGUGCGGACCGAUGCUGCAGACCGCUUGCGUGAAUGGUCAUCUGGAAGUCGUGCAGCUUCUCCUUGACUAUGGCCACGACAUCAAUCAGAAGUCUUCUUCUUCGACACUAGGUGGGAACACUCCUCUGAUGGCAGCGGUCAUCGGCAAUCAUCCAUCCGUAGUAGAGUUUUUGCUCUCUAGAGGAGCAUCACUCGAUGGAACGUCGCUUUUUGGGAAUGCCCUCCAGACGGCCGCGUUCUGGAACUAUUUGGAUGUGGCGAGGAUCUUGCUUGAGAAUGGGUUCGAUGUCAACGCAGGAGUUUCAUCUCUACCUACACCCCAGUAUUUAGCCUUGCGGAGAGGUAACCGGGACAUGGUCACACUUCUUUUGAACAAGAGGCCCAGGAAGCGUGGAACUGCUAUGGUCGGGUGCUAGGAUGGGGCAGAGUCGGAGCAUUCUAUGCUGCAUUGAGGUAGACAGAAAUGCCGAAUAGAAAUUCAAGGUAUUACA